CAUUUUCUCAUAUAGAAUCCACAACCAUUCAACUUCUUGCUUGCUUUGAAUUGUAGUUUGUAGUUUUCACUAAAAAACCGCUAGCUAGUUAACUUUUUAAACAAAAGUAGGAGUACAUGGACCGACCUGGAUUGACAAUUUAAAACACUUGCUCUAUACUUCACCCUACUAGAGUUUAUACUUGGACUCUAGCUGGGAUUUUAAUUGUGGUAUUCAGAUCAAGUCAAGUUUUUGGCGUUGUUGCCUGGGAGGUGUUUACGGUCCAUUAUAUUGAGAAAAAAUCAUUUAGUUUUAAUUUAGCUUUAAAUUUCCUUUGCAUUGUUGAGUGUGAAUCUUGCUUGUCCUGGCUCGAGUUGUGUUUUGUGAAGUGUGUGCAGUAGGUGUAUAACGCGGAGUAAUCCGACACCUUUGGCGCCACUAAACGAGAACAUCAACCGGACUGUCCAACUCUUGGCUCGGGAGACAGAGUUGAGGGAGGCAAGAGAAAGAUUAGCAGCUCCGAGACAACCACACAUUGAGCCCGAAAUAGAAGUUGAAGUUGAGGAAGAGUUUGUAGAAGAGGACUUUGAGAUGGGGGACAACCAAGGUGAAGGAGGAGAUGAAGCCGAGAGGACUAUCGGCUAUUAUAUGGCUCCACAGGUUGCGGAUAUACAAUCAAGCAUCCUUCACCCACCCGCGGCCGCCAAUAACUUUGAGAUAAGGCCCGAUCUCAUCUCCAUGAUUCAACAAAACAUACAAUUUCAUGGACUUUAGAAUGAAUAUCCACGGGAGCAUGUCAAGAGGUUUCUCGAGUUGGCGGGAGGCUUGAAGAUAAACUAAGUUCUCGAAGAAGCCAUUCGACUCAGACUCUUCCCCUAUCCUCUAAUCGGGUGAGCUCAAUAGUGGUUGAACAAUAGGCCACCCCUUUCGAUUACUUCGUGGAUGAUUUGGUCAACAAGUUCAUGAACCAAUAUUGCCCACCUUUGAAGAAGGCAAAGUUCAGAAAGAAGAUUAAUCAUUUUUCUCAAGAAGAGGACGAGACAUUGAGGGACGCUUGGGAGCGUUACUCUGACCUUGUUCAUCAGUAUCCUCACCAUGACUUUGGAGAGUAGUUCCGGAUCGAGACUUUCUAUGAUAGUCUCCUCCAAGAAGAUCAGGUUCUCAUUGACUCUAUAUGUCAAGGGAAUAUGCUCAACAAAACUCCACGCCAGAUGACAGCUUCGUUUGAAGAAAUGACCUCUGAGGGCUAUGAUUGGGGAUUAACAAGGCGUGGGGAAGGUCAGGAGAGAAGGGAUAGGGUCCCCCUCUUAUAACUAUUGCCCGAAAGCUGUCCGCAUGUUUUAUGCCAACAUAAAACCAUGUUAUAACACAGAUCCUCCUACCUUCACCAUUAUCGUGUUCAAUUAUCUGCUCACCAUCUCCGUCAACCUUUUGUCCCACUUGCUCGGGAUGCCUAUCCUCGGAGCAGAGGUUAUGGAUGAAAGUGAUUUUCAGUAUGUCGGGUUCAAUGACCUCUAGGCCAUAUGUUUGUAUACUCAUGAUACUAGCAAGUAUUAUCCAUUCAUUCUGUCUGCUGGAUGUCUUCCAUGCGAUCUCAAAGUCCUACAUUUCUAUGUCUCCCAAGUUUUUUCUUCCUCGCUCCCAUGGCCUGUCCCUCAUAUACCCUUAUGAUCUAUGGAUCCUGGCUAGCACCAAGAAAGAUCGAGUUAUUAGCUAUCCCCACCUUAUGUUCAAUCAUAUACUGCAGUAUUAUGAUGAUAACUAUGACGGUGAACUUCCCUUUGGGCCUCAAAUCACCUUGCUACUUUGUUAUUUGGGCAUUGACCUACGUUACAAGGUCUCUGCUUCUGUCGAGCGAUGACCACAAUUUGUUCUUCGCAUGGUCAAUGCAUCUCAGGCACCAUCGUCCCCGCGUCAAUGCUUCAGGGGUAGACAAUCCCGCCAAUGUAGUUCCAUUGGCAGAAGUUGAAGACUGUCUGAGUCUUGCUGAUCUAGUGAGGAAUCAACUGCCAAAGGCAAACAACUGGUCUUACAUCAUUUGGAGUCUAUUCAAGCUUCCUUCAAGCAAGAUGAUAGAGCCAGUUCCAGUGGAGUGCAACCUGAAGACUUUGGUGAAGAUGCGGGGGAGAUUUCAGAUUGCAUACCUUCGUCAACCUAUCUUUUUUAAGCAUGAUAGUGUCUUAGAGGAGGAGCAUCUGUAGGGGAGUCAUUCAAGUCUUGGUUGAGUCUUGUGGUUGUGUUGAGUUCUGUGUUUUUAGUUUUAAAAUAAUGUUAUGCUAGGGCGGAGCAUCAUCUAGUAGAGUCUCGUUUGUGGUAAAAUAAGUAUUGAGUCGUAAUGUCUGAGUUGUUUGUAGUCUGAGUUUGUUUUAUUUUUCUCGAUGAAUAAAAGAACUCCCCUUUGUGUCUUAACAAGUCCUGAAAACUUGCUUGGAGCAGUCUGCAAGUAACCAUUUGUGUAAGUGUGCGCAGGAACUACAUGUGCAGCAGAAGGAACAAUUGACCGGCUUAGGGGGAGAUUGUUGAAAGCAAGUCUGUCAAUGGUCAUAGGUGGACUAUAACAGAUCAAACGAGAAUGAUUCUUCGAGGUUCAAAACAGGGAAGACGGAUCAAGUGCAAGGCUAGCAAAUUGAGAGAAGACUUACCUUUUUACGUAGCUGAUCAAGAUAGAAAGAAAUUCAAAUAAGAGGAAGUUUACCUUAUUAGAAGAUCAACGACUAGUUGUCAUCAGUAUAAAGAAGACUCAAGGAAUGAGAAGAAGAAUAACUUUUUUGGAGACUCAAGGAACGAGAAGAAGAAUAACUAGCUGUCAUGUAUCAUUCGAAUUAAAUAUAGGAUAAUUUCUAUUUAUUUAUCCAAACUUUUUUCUGAUUCUUUUAUAUUAGCCCAAUCUAUCGAAAUAAUACGAACUAGCCAAAUGUUAACUUCCCGUUAGCAAUUUUGUUAGUAAUAUUGACUUGGCAACAUGAUACUGACAUAGAAGAGACACAUGAAAGCCAACAUUCCAAAAUUUCAGUAUUUUAACUAAGAAAAGGGUUACAAAAUUAUUAGCGAUAACUUAAAAAUGUCUAAUAUUUUGAUGCAUUACGAAAGAUUUGGCUAAUUAAUAGCAUUUUAAACGGUUUCUAUAAUAUAAAAGAAUCUGGAAUGGAUUGGCAAAAUACACUUGUAUAGCCAAAACUUUCACGUUUGUGCCAAUAAUAGCCAGAUUUGGAGAAAUGUCACUUAUAGCCAACUUUUAAAGUUGUUGUAUGUGACACGCUAAAUACUACACUUAACAAUGACCAAGUGUAACCAAUGAAAGGGACUGCGGUAUAGUGGUGCAAGUAAUAAAUAUCGAAUCCUCGGGUCUCUAGAUGUACUAUUAAUAAGCUUCAGUUCAUUAUCUAGCAAAUCAGAUAAAAGAUUGAUUAACUAAACUACUCUACUAACUAAACUAAGUAAAACUACUAAUUACAGGUUGGGAACUCACUUAGGUAUGAUUCCCCCUAGCUCCUCAAUUAGAUCCAAGUUGUAAUUCCUUUUGGUUGUUUUACUGUUGAUUAAACUGUGGAAGAUCCUAAAUUAGCUUGGAAUCUCUUAAGCUGACCAAGCCCUCUUAGACAGAAUACUUGGCAGGCGACUAGCCUUCAUCGGGAUAGACUGUUAAGGCGAUUUGUGGGUCAAGAUGCAGAAACGAAAACUCAAAUUUGAAACAGAUGAUUUGGGGGUCGGUUGGUAUUAGGAUUUGUGCGGGAAGAUUGAUGUUCUUUGAUUUUCCCACUGUUUGUUUAUUUUGUUUUAUUUAUUAUUUAUUUUGUUUUUAUUAUUCACAAAUCAAAAGACAACAUGUUAACUUUUUGGGGUUUUUUGGUUUUUUUUGUUUAGAUUUUAUGUGGCUAACGUGUUCAUUUCCAAUUUGAGGGGGUUUUUAAUUUCUGGUCAAAUAAAAAUUUUUAAUUAAUCAUUAUCCACGUGGAUAAUUACAGAGUAAAAGGGAAAUAAAAGCUCGCCAUGUAAGCAUCUUCGUUUGUCCAGUCACACUUAAUGCUAACAUCAUUUAAGAAUUGGAUGGAAGUGGUCUAUAAGUGGUAUUCCUUCAAAUUUGGCUAUUAUUGACGCAAACAGGAAAGUUUUGACUUUACAAAUGUAUUUUGCCAAAAAAAUUUGAAUAAAAAAUAGAUAUUAAUAUAUGAAUAUUUUUUCCUCGUUAAUCCUAUCCGUCUAUGAAUUUAAGCACGAUUAAGCACAUCACCAACUCACUUUAGUCAAUUUCUGCAGCGUCUUUAAAAAGACUAAACAAAGAAUUUGGAAUCUUUCCAUAGACUCAAGUCAUUUUAAAUUUGGAGGUAUACAGCAUCAUUUUAAAGAAGCUGCCUCACGUUUGGGUCAACUUGCUCGGACAGUUGUCAACUCAUAGAAGUUGUUUUUUCUUUUGUGAAAUAUGGAUAUAUAUAUAUGGCGAGUUCUACGGUACCGUGGGUGAAAACCGGGGUACCGCAUACUUUGAGUAUGAAAACACUAUCUAGACCUUGAAUUGACCAAUCUUUCGUUCAUGAUACUAUACUCUAACACUUAAAGAUCAAAAUCUAGGUGUUAACUCUCCCAAUAUUAUACUCCAAUAUCAAUUUAAUUAGAAAUAAUAAUCGACGGUUAUGAUUCAUCCAAAUAUAGGCACAAAAAGGAAUGCACCAUCUUAGGGUUUAUAGAUUAUGAUUUAGAUAAUUAUGACCUAGGGUUCACUCAUUAAGGGUUAGGGUAUAAUAUCAGACACAAAAAUCCUGGUAAUUCGAGGUCUAGAUAGAGUUUCCAUACUCGAAGUAUGCGGUACCCCAGAUUUCACCCGGGGUACCAUAGAAGCCACCAUAUAUAUAUAUAUAUAGUUGCUAUUUCGGUGCACUCACUUUGAUUCUAAUUGUCGAUCCAGCUCAUCGUCGGCGAUCCUAAUUGUCGCCGGCCAUUGUCAAUGUGAUUCGCUCACUAAAAUAUUGUCAUUGUCCGUAGCAGAAAAAUGUGGGUUAUGUUCGUCGUCUUCACCGGCGAUGGGAGGGGAGAGGAUAGGCGGGGGAAGAAAGAGCUGGCCACGAGUUGGGUUGGGUUGGAACAAUUUGAUAAUAAGGAUUUCUAACGAAAUGGCGGGUUGGAUAUCCACCUUUUUAGGUUAAAUUAAACUGAAUUGACGAUUCUGUUAGUUACAUCAGCAAAAUCGAUCCUUCCCAUUCAUAUGGCACGUUGGCGAUACAAAGGCAAGCUUGAGAAAGCUAUUCCCGAUGUUGUUUCUUGCGUCAACAUCAUCAAAUGGUUUCUCUUGAUUUCGUUUUGGUUUUCGGCUUACUAUUAGAGAAAUAGAGAGGCCCAUCGCAAUCGAAUUGGUCAUCUCUCGUGGACUUGAACCUAAUCAAAGAAGAUAAGCUAAAAACCAUCCAACCAUAAUAGCCCCUUAGAGAAACGUAACAUGUAUUUAGUUAUAUGUAUAUUAAUCAGUUAAUAUGAAUUUGAAUGUAUGAAAGUCCACUGUUCACGAAAGAAAAAAACAAAUUCUAUAAGUUCCCAAAUGUCUUAGCAAGCUGAUCCAAACGUGGGGUAGCUUCUCUAAAAUAAAUAAUAAUGUUAGCG